AUGGCAAGUAGCGGUGGAAUAUCAAAGAAAAAGGUAUCAAACUCAGAUGAUUCCAAGACAGAAGAGACGUCUAUUCUCCAGGAUACCACAGCUGACAACCAGGUUGAUUCAUCUGAUGAGCCACAAGACUUGGAGGAAAAGGCCAACUCAGGAGAUGCCAAAUAUGCUAUUGUGUUCCCCAGGAUGAACCAAAGUGGCAAAGUAAAGGAAGCCACUGGUACAUUGACUAGCACCACCACAGACAAUGGUGCUACCACAGAGCGUAAGCCACCAAAGCCUGGUGCCCGUUUGGUUCUUCCAGUAAAGCCAGACCUCAGUCUUCUAAAGUCUAUCAAGAAAUACGCACAAGAAAGUGAUAAAAGUGGUAACCCAAACACACGAGUGACCGAGAGGCAGCCAGAGGUCAAAGCCGACAACAAAGAGCUAACAUUAGGCAUCAAAGACGGUACAAGUGUCCUGCAAGCGGCCAAGGGAAAACUUGGGGGAUCACAAAUAAAUAUCAACAAGCUGUCUAUUUCCAAGCCUUUGCUUAAUGGUGGUGUGGGUACAGUACAGAGCAGAGAAUUAGAAAGGAAAGAGAGGAACGUAGGGAACACAUCAACAGAAGCUGAGACAUGGAGGGAUGGUGUGAAGCAACCUUCUUAUGAGGAGGAUGCAGACCGAGAGGUGGCAGAAUUGAUGGGUGAUGGUCUUUUGCCCUCAGCUAUGGAGCUACACUGGGCUCAGAAUCACCAGAUGUGUGGUGAUCCUCAAGAUUGGAUGCGCCCAGAGAACCUCCUGUCCCAUCAAACGGUGGAGAAGCUCACUAAAUGGACAGUGUAUCAGGAUGAAGAACAUGCCCACACCAUUCCAGUCCAUAAUGGCAGAGGCCCAUGGGAAUCCGAAGAUCCGACCCAAAACAUGUUAGAGGGGAGACUUAACAGCACACAGGUACUGAUGCCAGGAAGCGGCCAGGCUGUGGAGGUGGAUGAGGUGGAAGAUUUGGCACAGCUGGAAGAGGUGUGUGAGAGCUCUGUUCUGCUGAAUCUUAGGAAGCGGUUUCAUCGAGACUCCAUUUAUACGUAUAUUGGCAAUAUGCUCUUGUCCAUUAACCCCUUCAAGCCUCUCAGUAUCUACACUGAAGAGCUGAGACAGCAGUACCAGGGUAAAGAUAAGCACCAUAAUCCACCUCACAUUUAUGCUAUGGCAGAUGCUGCAUUUUGCCAAUCUCAGAGUACAACCCAGGAGCACUGCAUCAUCAUAAAUGGGCAGAGUGGAUCGGGCAAGACAGAGGCUGCCAAGCUCAUUGUCCACUACCUGAGUUCCAUGUAUCAGGGCAGAAACGAUAAAUUACGCCAGCCAAUGGAGGUUUUGCCAAUUCUUGAGAGCUUUGGAAAUGCCAAGACUAUACUUAACAACAACUCUAGCCGAUUUGGAAAGUAUCUACACAUCCAUAUACGCCAUGGUGUUGUAGUUGGGACAUCUUUGUCAAAGUAUCUCCUUGAAAAGUCACGAGUUGUAUUUCAGGCCAAGGAAGAGAGAAACUACCAUGUGUUUUAUGAACUCCUGGAUGGAAUGAAUGAGUGGGACAAGCAAGAUCUUUACCUGCAAGGAGCUGAGACCUACUUCUAUCUCAACCAGGGCAGGGCUUGUGAGCUACAAGGGAAGCAUGAGAAGCAAGAUUUCUUGCUCUUGAUCCACUGCUUGGAGACGAUUGGUUUACAUGCAGAUCAACUUGCAACCAUUUGGGCCAUUCUGUCAUCCAUUCUGCAGUUGGGCAACAUUUGCUUCAGUUCUUAUGAGAGUGAAUCGUUUGAGAUGGCCCGUAUUUUCAGUGAAGCCGAAGCUCGGAGAGUGGGAAACCUCUUGCAAGUGUCAGCUGAGGCAUUACAGAUUGUCAUCACUCAUCGGGUUACAGAAACAUCUUAUGAUAGGAUCUACUGCCCUCUAUCUGUGGAAAGUGCCAUUGAAUCCAGAGAUGCCAUUGCCAAGACGCUGUACUCUGUGCUGUUUGAUUGGAUGCUUGAACGCAUCAAUGAGUGGUUGAUCCCCACCGAGAUGGACAGCACUGUUGGCGUCGUGGACAUAUAUGGCUUUGAGGACCUGAGUGUGAACAGUUUUGAGCAGCUGUGCAUAAACUUUGCCAACGAGAAGCUGCAACAGUUUGUGAACAAAGCCGUGGUGUCACAAGAGCAGGAAGAAUACAGCGCAGAACAGAUUCAGUGGUAUCCAAUAGCCCUGAAAGACGCUCUUGGAUGUCUGGAUCUCAUCUCAGCACGACCGUAUGGAAUUCUUCGCAUCCUGGAUGACCAGACCUGCUUGCCUCAAGCUACGGAUCACACAUUCUUGCAGAAAUGUCACUAUCACCAUGGUAACAGCCCCUACUACACCAAGCCCAAAAUUCCUCUCCCAGUGUUCACCAUAUAUCACUAUGCUGGGGCUGUCACAUACCAGGUGCAUAACUUUCUAAAUAAAAAUCACGACCAGUUUCGACCCGAAGUAUUGGAGCUUUUUGCUCGCAGCAGGUUACAGAUGGUGUCAGGUAUAUUCCGAAAGGUUCAGGAGCGUUACAUUCAGCAGAAAGAGCUGGGAAGAGCAAGAGGCCACCGCAACCAGAUGUCAACAGUAGCUGCUCACUUUCAACAGUCACUUACAGAACUUACCACCCGUUUGGAGAGAUGUAAAACUACAUUUAUACGAUGCUUUAAGCCAAACUAUUUUAAGUUUCCAGGAAUAUUUGAUGUCGACUACAUAACCACACAGCUGAGGCAUGGAGGGAUACUGGAGACCAUUCACAUACGAAAAGAGGGAUUUCCUAUUCGCAUCCCCUUCAGUCUGUUCAUGGAGAGAUAUGGUGUGUUACUAGCCCAGAAAACUACAAACCUCUCUUGUAAAGAGCAGGUGGUUACUUUACUGGACACUAUUGGAGCGGAAGUUGGCCAGUACCAGCUAGGACUCACAAAGGUGUUUCUGAAAGAGGCUCUCUACCAGAGGGUAGAGGAAAAAUGGAGUAGUACCCAAACAUGGGCGGCAGUCACCAUCCAAAGGAACAUUCGUGGCUUUAUUUGCAGACGCAAUUUCCGUUUCUUUAAACAGAAGGCCAUUGUCAUCCAGUCCCAUAUCAGGGGCCACCAGGCCAGGAAGUACUACAAGAGACUGAAGCAAUCAUUCACUCAGUUCUGGGCAACUAUUAUGAUCACGCGGAACACCAUCAAAAGACGUCAUUGGAGGGAACAUUCGGAUAAAAGCAGAGUAAAGCACGUUGCAAAACCUACAUCGACCUCUUCAGAGAUGGAUGUGGGACUAUUGGAGAUCCCAGCAGAACUGUCAGCCAGAUUACGCAAUGCAGCAGGGCGCCCUCAAGGAUCAGGGAUAACAGAAGUAGGUCUGUCACAAGUAAAAGCGGAACACAACCUGUCACUGCCCCUAAAUAUUGACAGUCAUCCUUUCUCUCAAUAUGCCAACACAGUCUUAAAGGAUGGAUGGUGCCAACCGCAGGGCUACCCACUACAGAAGCCCCUGACUUCUCUUGACCCUGAGGAUGCCCGUGCUGCUCUUGAAAUCUACAAAUUGAUCAUGCGUUUCACCGGAGACUCAGAUCUGACAGGAUGGCAAGAGCAGAUGUUAGGGAACUACAUUGUGGAGAAGAGCCAGACUCGGCCCAGCAUCAGAGAUGAGAUUCUAGCCCAGUUGGUCUACCACACUUGGGACAGGGAGAGAGAGGAGAGUGCAGUGCGGGGCUGGUUGCUUCUGGCCUGCUGUCUGAGUGCCUUCACACCCUCUCCUGCCCUGGAGAAACCCCUACUAAAGUAUGUGUCAGAUCGAGGUCCAGGGGAGUACCGCUCUCUGUGCCAGCACAAGCUGCUUACAUCCCUCCAGCUGCCCUCACCUGCCUGUAGGAGGUAUCCUCCUACUCAGCUGGAGUGGACAGCCAAUCAAAGAAAAGGAAAGAUGGUGGUGGAGGUCCACACAUUCAAUGAGGAGAGGUUAACUGUGGAAGUGGAGUCCUGGACGACAGGGGAGCAACUGGCCUCCUGGCUACUUAGCCACAGGAGUCUGACUGAAGCUACAAGAGGCUGGUCUGUGUCUCUGCUGGCUGGGGAAGGCUGGACCGAUCUGGCUGGCUGUGACUUUGUCAUGGAUCUCUUGGCUGGAGUGGAGGCUGAUGUGCCAAUGGGUCACCCACCUGCACAACCUGAUUACCUCUUCAGUGACAUGGGGGACAGGAUGAUGAGCACAGACCUGGAUGACUUUAUACCACCUGCUCCCUCUAUGCAGGCCCCUGGGCUCCCCUCCUUUGAGACAUCUCCAUGGGACACCUACGAACCAACUUCCACAUCUCAGGGAUCUCGAGGGCAGCGGAUGGAUUCUUACGUUGAUGACCUCUUUGACCCUGUGUUAGAUCAGGGUCCUCCGGACUUUGAACGAAUGGCCAUGCUGAAUCGUAGAAUGAGAGGAGGAGGAGGGAUGAUGCCCAGCAUGUACACUGGAGGAGGAAUGCCAAUGAAUCCUGCCAUGGCUGGCUAUGCUGGCACACCGAUGAUGCCAAAUAUGAUGCCCGCUACUGCAUCCAUGUCCAUGAUGCAACCCAUGCAACACAUGCAACACAUGCAACCCAUGCAACCCAUGCAACCUAUGAUGAUGCCAAUGUCUAUGCCAGCUGCCCCACCACCCAUGCCUGUGACCACACCAGCUGUCAACACAGACCAAAUGGCUGCUCAGCAGCAGGCAUUUAUCAAUCAACAGGCUUUGCUCCUGGCCCAGCAGAUGACCAUGCAGGCAAUGACAAUGUCCCAGAAACAGCAGCAGGAAGAGUUAAACAAACGUCAGAAAGAGUCUCAGAGACAGUCUUCAAGGCAAUGGCAGCGCUCUCCUCCACGUGCACGCUCGCCCUCACCCAGGCGCUCGCCCUCACCGAAACCUAAACCUAAACCUAAACCUAUAGCAAAACCCAGCCAUCCCCCAAAAGAGAGAACCAGACCUCAAAGCCCCAAAAAUAUUCCCGAGACCCCUCCAAAGCCCCGCAGCCCUGAGCCUGAGAAUGAUGUGGAUAUUAAGGCCCCAGAAGUUCAAGGGUCCUUUAGAGAAAAGAGAGAUUUUUUUCAAAAGAUUGGUACAUCAGAGGCACGCACAAAGACUGCACCAAAGGUUGCUAAGCCACUGAUCUACGCCUCUCCACCAGUGUCUGAACAUAAAUCACCUCCUCCAAUCAAGACUGAAGUGAAAUCCCUCCCAGAACCUCCUAAAAUCACAGAAACCGAACCAGAAUCUCCGAAACCCACAUCUCCUAAACCAGAACCUACUAGUAACAUUAGAGAAAUUAUCAAGUGGUAUCAGAGCCGGCCCUCUCCAGAACCUAAAGCCUUCAAACCAGUCAAGGUUCCGGCCAAGCACUUUGUAAAGAAAAAUGAUCCAAAAGAAGAAGCACUGGCCAUUCUCAAAGCUCAAGGACCUGUUUCUCAGCAGAAGAAACAAAGGGAUGUUAUGCCUCCUCCACCCCCUCCACCCCCUGAGUCCUCCACCCGUGGCCCUCGCACCAUCUCCAACAAUAUGAAACAAAAGCAGCUCUCAUUAGCUGAUCUCUUUGGCUCACAGCGAUCACAGGCUCCGCCUCCACAUCAAGACCACUCCCCCUCUCCACCAUCUAGCAUCCCUGACCCUCCACCAAUGGCUGCACCCGGAAUAAAUCAGUUUAGCAGAAUGGCAGAGGAGGAGAGUGUUCGCUCCCAGAUGCAUCGAUUCUCAGCCAGUGUGCACUUUUCCUACUCAAGUAUGCCUGGCAAACUCUUCCUGCGCAAGGAGGUUUUCUAUCCCAGAGAAAAAUUCAACCACCCAUACAUCCUUAAUUUACUCUGUGAGCAGAUAAUGAGGGACACUUACUCUGAUUCCUGUCUGAGGAUUUCACGUGAAGAAAGGCGAAAAAUGAAAGACCUGUUGGCGAGUUUUCACAUUGGAGCCAGCAUCAGCUCUCUAGAAGAUGAUGCAAUGAAGAAAAGAAUCGUCAUGGCAGCAAGGGACAACUGGUCCAACUACUUUGCACGUCUCUUUAAUGUGAAGGUGGGAAAUGGAGGAGACGCUCAGAUUCUGGGUGUGUCUCAUAGAGGAAUCAGACUGCUGAAGGUGGCCAGAGCAUCAGGCAUAAAUCCCAAACACCUGAAACUGCUCCACAGCUACAGCUAUGCACAGGUGUUGUCAGUGCAUGCACAAAGGGCUGGAAAGGUGGUGAUCUCUUUGAGUAAUGAGGAGUUAGAACUUCACUCACCACAGUCUCUACAGAUCGCUGCUGUCAUUAAUCUCUUCCUCAUGGAACUGAUCAAGGACUCAGACUAUGUGAUAGCUGUGAAAAGUUAUGUAACUGAUGACAGGAGCUUGCUGAGCUUCCAAAGAGGUGAUGUCAUCAAACUGCUGCAGAUGGAUGGACUUAAGGAUGGAUGGAUGUUUGGUUCCACUGGAGGUCGCUCCGGACUCUUCCCAGUGGAUGUCACUCAGCCCUGUGCCCCACCAGACUACCACAGCAGCAACCUGGAACGACAGCUUGAAAGGAGAAAGAGUAUGAGACUUCCUGGCACCUCUCCCAAUAUCCCUGCUGUCCGCUCGGUGCCAGCCAGCAAAGAGCACAAUGUGGAGGUGAUGUCCAUCCAGAGGUCUGAAUCAGACCAUCAGCAGUAUCCCAUGACUGAGUUUGCCAAGAAAUUCUUCACAGAUGCCAUUGGCAGACCAAAUAUGAAAGACCAUCCUAAUGGUGAGAAUGAGAUGGUGGAAUACACUCCGAAUCCCCUUCAAGAAUCCCUUAUCCUUUUCUCAGAUAAAGAGCUUAAUCUUCUGGGUGCUCAGAAUUUCAUGGUUUUGAUGCAGUUUAUGUUAGAUCAGCCUCUGAAGAAAAAUCAGACAGAGGGCGACUGUGUUAGACACAUUCUACAGCUUGGAAAAGAGAAAGAGUUCCUCAGAGAUGAGAUCUACUGCCAAGUCGUCAAGCAGACCACCAAAAACCCAGUCAAGGAGAACUGUACCCGUGGUUGGCGUUUGCUGACUCUAAUAACUGGAUUCUUCCCCUGUUCUAACACUCUCCUUUCAUAUUUCACCCGCCACCUGGAGACCAUCAUCCGGGAUGCCAACCACCCUUUCCAGGAUCUGGCAAAUGUGUGUGAAAAGAAUCUCAGACUAUCACUAAAUUUUGGAGGACGCAGGCAUAUCCCCUCCCAUUCAGAGAUGGAUGCAAUCUUGGCUGGGAGAAACUCUCGUCGACUUCCCAUCAUGUUGCCAGGUGGAACUGAAUUUACCUGCAAGAUUCGCAGCUUUAGCGUUGCAUUUGAGGUGGAAACAGAUAUUUGUUCAGAGAUGGGUAUCAUGAAUCCAGUAGAGGUGAAGGAAUUUUCUAUCCAUGCCACUAAAAAAGGCGAAAAUAUGGUGCGGCCCAUUCACUCUGAUGAGUAUCUGUUCGACUUCUUGUUGGAUGAUGGCUCGAUCUCCCUCUCCUUUCAUCGAGUUAUCUGGAAACAACCCCUGCACUUCAACAAUGAUCUUUACAUAGAGUUCCACUACCAGCUGCUGAUGGCUAAUUAUCUGGAAGGGAAGAUGCUGCUGCCUUCCAACAGUCCCACAAUUUACCAGCAGGUGGCAGAGUUGACCGUUCUUCAGCACCUCGCCCUCGGGCUGACCCAACCACCCUCAAACCCUGAGGUAAAACAGUACCUUCCCCGGGUGGAUCAGGUCAGUGCCAAUGACGAGAGACUUCUUGCGAGCAUACGGGCACAGUUUUCUGCCAUCGGCCCCCAAAACCAUCUUGAUGCCAAAGCUGGCUUUCUGAAAAUUGUUAUUUCGCUGCCACUAUUUGGAAUGAAUAUAUUCACUGCUCAGAAAGUAAGCCAUCGCAUCUGCCCCUCUCCCUCCUUGAUCGCUGUCAACCAUGAAGUUAUUUUGGUCCUGGAUCCUAAAACACAGAACAUAUGCUUGAAAAUGGCUCUGGAAGAUGUGCAGUCCUUGCGCUCAAUCCGCCCCAAAAAAGACAAGCUGCCAACAGUCGAGGUGAACUUUGGCAACCCAACCAGUCUCAAGACUGUCAGCUUCAGUCUAAAGCAGGCAAAGCAGUUUUGCCAUACCGUUGCUGUUAUUAUGGAGGAGGUGGUAAAACCCACUGCCUACAGCAACUUAUCAAGUCGGACUGGAACCCCUAAUUAAACAAUCUACAUAUGCAACUUAAUAUUAUCACAUUAUUCAAUCAUCAAUUCAGAUGCUCCAAAAAUGUUUCCUACCAUACAACGUGAUCAAUUUUGUAUUUUGAUCAAAUUUUUGAAAAGUUUACAUAUGAUCAAUUCUAAUGAUUUAAAAAUGUUUUAAUUUUAAAAUAUGUGUAUGAUUUAUUGUCAUAAUGAAUGUAUGCCGUCCAAUGGGGAUGAUUUCUAUUCUAUUUAUAAAGUAUACCUGCUUUUGAAAAUGUUCUGUAUAUGUGUUAUUGUCAUGUUUAAUUAUUUGCCCUCAAAUAAUAAUAAUAAUAAAAAAAC